AUGUCCGCCACACUCCGAUUCCCAUUCCAAGCCUCGCUAGAUGGAUCUUCUUUGGUGGAGACGGAUGGCUGUCUUUAUUAUGGACUUGAUAUCUCUCAUGGAAUAGUUGCCGCUGAGUUGCCGGCUCAGGGACUUUUGACUCCGGAUUCUUCAUCAUCAGAGUCGGAUCCAGAACCAGGGUUAGGGUUGGGAUUGAAUCUUGACGGUGAUGGUUGCGAGAAACGAGGACAGAAUCAGCAACUAGAUACGAACGGCAUGUCUCAUCCGCCGCGUUGGGAUAGUUUGAGGGAUACUCAGGCGGAGGAGAGCUUCACUCCACGACCAGCGCCGAUUCCGAUGCAUCCACAUCGAAUUUAUACGUCGGAUCAGCAGCGGUUUGCUAGGGAGCAUGAAAUGACAGCAACAGAGGUGGAAGAAGAGGAGAAUAAUAUGAUUUGCGAAUCGCCGUCGACGAGCACAUUGACCAAUCCAUUGGAGGAAACACUCACAUUGACUGAAACUGAGAGGACGAUACGAUUGCCUGUCCCUUUGACUAAUCAACUGCCUCGGUACUAUGCUACUCCUCUGAUCAAAGACGACCCCUUGUCGACGCCCGUUGCCAUAUACGGUCUUGAGAAACCGUCGGAUCAUAUCCCCAAAAAAAAGGCUCCUGCUGUGCUGAGACAACGGAAUAGCAAUCCGUCGGCCGCACAGGCUCGGCCGUCGUCGAGGCAUCUUCAUCCACCGUCGCCGUUGUCGUCGACAGUCAGUUUGAAUGAUCGAGUUGAGGAACAGCGCAGGCCUUCCACGUCGUCUACAAGGAGGCUGUCAAUGUUUUUGGGAAGGACAUCGAACCCGAAUGGGCUGCCUUCAACAGGUGUGUCCAGACCUGCAAUAGGCUCGAUAUCGUCGUCUGGAUCGUCAGCAACUACUUCCACCAUGAGGUCAGCAGUUACUACUGCCAGCGAGGCCUCGACGGCAUCCUCUAUACCCACACCAACAUUUACUCAAUCCCCUACCACACUUGACGGCAAUCAGAAACCAGCAUCGCCUUCACCGCUAGACCACAACACCCUCCGCCGCAAAACGACCCCUAUAAAUCCCAAUGAACCCACACCCAUAUCAAGACAAACAUCCCGACGAAACACAAUCUUCAACUUUUCAAAACCCAAGAUCUUGCCAAUGAUGUACCAUCGAUCCGGUAUACAAAGUAGCGAUAAUCUGAGCACUAUUCGAGCAGUCACAAAUGAUCAAACCAUCUUCGCCAUCUUCGCCAUCGUCGUCGAGACAGAUACCUUUUUCGCCGGAUAG